AUGACCGCUGUCCCAGACGUCCGACACCGAGAACCCGAUCACAUCGGCAAAGAUGAAAGGACACAGCUACUGGUGCAUCUGAUCAUGAACACUCCUCAACCAGUUGUGACGAAUCCACCGUCCGAUCCUGUGCACCAGCAGUUCGUUUACGCCCAGGAUUUGUUGGAGUGCCUUGAGCCGAAGAAAGGCGAGCGCGAGCUGACCAAUGAACGUUGGGAUACGAUCGAGCAAAUCAUUCGAACCCGACAGAUGCAAGAGCAGUAUGCUGCUGGUGAGAUAGAUGGCGACACGCUCAUCUUCCUCGCUGAUUUCAGCAACACUGCCGCCUCAAAACUGGGGGCGAUGAACUCCGACGAUGACGAACUCGACUGCGACGGUAACGCACCCGGGAUAUCCAGCGAGGGUUCCGAUGCAGCAGCUGAGAACCGAGAGCCAACCCCGGAUACUUCAACGCAAACAUCUCCCACUGAUCAUGCCGCCUUUGAUGGGCCUGUGCCGAUCAGCAGGUUACGCAGCGCAGCCGACCUCGUGUCUUUCCCCGGACGUCGUAUGGCCGCACGUCGAUCACGGCCGGGCUUCACCGGAGGACAAGCACCACCAUCCAUUCCGAUGCGCACAGGGGCAAGUUAUUGCCCGGAGCUGUCGAUGAGUAUGGAGACUUCAAUGCCGCAUGGGGAUGCUGCAAUGUUAUCCCUUGUGGGAAUGACUCCACGAUUGCCGUCGCUCACGUAUGGGCGUAUGGAAAAUCACGCUGGCACCUCAGAACUGAUGCAUAUGACUGGACAUGGCGGACAUCCGGUUGCAAAUUUGCACCUGUCGGAUUGGCCAGAGAUACCACCACCAGACAUGGGGCCGGAUGCGCCAGCAGAGAUCUUCGGCAUUCCACAAAUAAUGACCACAGCCAACAUGAGGAGUCAUCCAUAUUUCGGUCCAGAGAGGCCCGACGCUCCUCGAGAUUUGCAAAGUGGAAUGCACCCAGCCAUGCUCACCCCGGUACAAUAUAAUGACUAUGUCGACGACACACGUCGUGCUUUGCCCUUCCGUGCAGCAGACCCACAGCACUCGACGAUGAUGCCGACCCAAGGUGUGAACAUGGGCAUGAUGGGCGGUCAUUUCUAUUGA